AUGUCGUAGUAGUCCGUGGGAGCACACUUCACCUGGCUGUAAAAGUUAUUCAAUACUUGUGCACCCACGCCGUCACCUCACCGGCCGCAUCCUUUUCCAAGACUUCACUUCAAAUCCGUGGCAUCACAAGGCAGUGUAUAUGAAGGGCGAUCCGCUCCAUUUUUAGGGCAUAGUAAGUUUCCCAACACUUGUUAGGGCACAGUGCUUCGCUGAUGUCCAUUUUCAAGGGAAAGGUCUGAGGAAAGGUCGAAUAAAAAUGGAGAUCUGUUCACGUGGAUUGGGCAGUGGACGGGCUUGGAUUGCCCAUGGCUUACUCGCUGUGGCCGCCAUUGCAGCUGCUGGAUAUGCUUUUCGAAGGAAAUCAUCCCAUUUUCGAAGCCGAGCAGUUGGAAUCAUACCUGCUCGCUACAAAUCUUCUCGAUUUGAGGGAAAACCAUUGGCUCAAAUCCUUGGAAAGCCUAUGAUCCAGAGAACUUGGGAGCGAGCUAAGUUGGCUGUCACAUUGGAUCAUGUUGUUGUGGCGACUGAUGAUGAAAAGAUUGCAGAAUGCUGUCGAGGAUUUGGAGCAGAUGUGAUAAUGACAUCUGAAUCAUGCCAGAAUGGUACUGAGCGCUGCAAUGAAGCUCUACAGAAGCUUAAGAAAAAAUACGACAUUGUUGUCAAUAUUCAAGGGGAUGAGCCUCUCAUAGAACCCGAAAUAAUAGAUGGGGUUGUUAAAGCUUUACAGAGAGCCCCUGAUGCUGUGUUUAGCACUGCUGUCACAUCCUUAAAACCUGAGGAUGGGUUUGAUCCAAACCGGGUCAAAUGCGUAGUGGACAAGCAUGGCUAUGCAAUCUACUUCUCGAGGGGCUUGAUCCCUUAUAACAAGUCUGGAGAAGUUAAUCCAAAGUUUCCUUACCUACUUCACCUUGGUAUCCAGAGCUAUGAUUCGAAGUUUCUAAGGAUAUACCCACAGCUUCCACCUACUCUGCUGCAGCUUGAAGAAGAUCUGGAGCAGCUAAAAGUUCUUGAGAAUGGUUACAAGAUGAAGGUGAUAAAGGUCGACCAUGAUGCUCAUGGCAUAGACACGCCGGCAGAUGUUGAAAAGAUUGAGGCCCUGAUGCGGGAAAGAAACAUAUCUUAGACGCGUCAAGAAGCCACAAAAGAAAUGGUUAUCUCGUAUUGUGAAUUAGGUGCAAAUAUAAUCAAAUGGAUCUCUCUUGUUUCUUCCAUUCUUGGUCCCCUUUAAACAGGGAUCAGAUUAAUUUGGAUUUUGUGCUUAGUCAAUUUACACUAAAAGAAGGCAAGGGAUAGGCCCAAAAAGACAUGGUUGGAAGUAGUGGGAAAAGAUAUAGGAACUUAUAAUCUCAUUGAAGGUAUGAUCCUUUAUAGAGCAGAAGGACCAGGAUUUGUAUAACUGUACCCAAAUAGGUUGGAAAAAGCUUUGACGAUGAUGAUGUGCUUAUGUAACAUUUAUUUUGUCGGCUAAUUUUGAAUAGGAAGAUAUGUUCUUUGUUGUGUGCUUC